UACAGGAAGAUGAAGAUGUUUGUGGUGUUUGUGAUCCUCGUGCACGUUUCCCAGCAUGCCUCAGCUGUGGAGCUGUAUGAGGGGGAGGAGUUUGUCCUGCUGCCCUGUGAGUUUAACACCUUUGACCUGGACGACCCCACAGUGGUGUGGAGCCGCUAUGAUCUCAAUCCUCCAACCGUCCACCAGCGUCAGCAGGAAGAUGAACUCACAUACCAAAACCAGCUUUACAGCGGCCGAACAUCCAUGAUGACUGACGCUCUGGAAACUGGAGACCUCAGCCUCAAUCUGACAAAACUCCAGCUCUCUGACAGCGGCAGCUACACCUGCACUGUCAGAUGGUUAGGACGACAACGGAGAGUGGGAAACAUACAGCUGAAGGUCAAAGUUUACCAGCAUGCCUCAGCUGUGGAGCUGUAUGACAGGGAGGAGUUUGUCCUGCUGCCCUGUGAGUUUCAGACUUUUGAGAUGGACAACCCCACAGUGGUGUGGAGCCGCCACGAUCUCAAUCCUCCAACCGUCCACCAGCGUCAGCAGGAAGGUGAUGAACUCAAAGACCAAAACCAGCUUUACAGCGGCCGAACAUCCAUGAUGACUGACGCUCUGGAAACUGGAGACCUCAGCCUGAACCUAACAAAACUCCACUGGUCCGACAGCGGCAGUUACACCUGCACUGCCAAAGGUUUAGGAGGACAACUGAGAGUGAGAAACAUCCAGCUGCAGGUCAAAGAACAAUUUCCAUCCUGGGCCAAAGUUCUCCUGGUUCUCCUGGUUCUCCUGGUUGUUGGUCUUGUUGUUGCUGGGGCUCUUCUGGUACAUUUCCGACAGUAUUUCAUGUCAGUGUGUGAUCAACAGCUGAACCAAGACUUCCUGUUGCUGUUCGGUGCUGAAACUGCCUCCAAGAUGCUGAAGAAGUGGGACACAGCAUUCAAGCCCAAGAUACUAGAUAAUGACUGCUUCUCCUUUGUAUUCCCUCCUUAUAGACCGGGACAGUGUCUCCAUCUCUGGCCACCCACAGCUGGACGCAAGAGGAUCAAAAUAAGUGCCAGUGAUGCCGGGGACAAAAUGUCCUGCUGCAGCGCUGAUGAACACCUGCGGGGAAGAGAUGGCAAACAAGCCUACAUCCUCGCUGUUGGCUGGACCCAGAACAGGACCGACACUCUCUACAUCGUCGUAGACAAACAGCUCGUCCCCUGCCGCUCCACCGGCUCGUUGGCUGCUUUAAUGAACUGUUUGAAUCCCACUACGUGUUCAGCCUGA